AUGGUCUCAACGCAACAUGUCACUAUACUCAGUGCUUUUCAAGGCGUGGCCGAGAAUACCGAGAAACCAGCGUGUGUGACUAAAAGAGUUUCUAUUGGGGAGAAGUCAGAGCAGAGUGUGGAGAGUGAAGUUGUGGAUGUGACCAUCGGCAUAAUUAAUACUCUACCUGCUGAUGCUGCACUUCCCCUGCUGAUAAUGUAUUCAUCUGGUUUCACUCUGGUCUUCAGCACAUUGAGCGGCAUUCUGCAAAGAGAAACCAAAACCAGUAAUUUCUAG